GGUGCUGGAGAUCUCUGUCCUCCAACCUCAGGACUGACCCAUCCCUUCCCUUUGCCUCUCUUUCCAUGAUCCCAGGCUUGGCUGUGCAUUCUAUACCCACCUCUUUAGCACCAUCCUCUGGGCUGGCUCUGAGUUCUUUUAAACUCUUCAAUGCUUUCAUAUAUAUCCCUUGCCAUAUAUGAUCUCAUGUUUCAUCUCAUCCCAAUCCUAAACUCCAACCAAGCCCAUUGGGAGCUAGCUUUGUGGUCCCCAACUUAGUCUCCUGGCCUGGUUCUGCAGUUACAGGAGUGAGGUUUUGGGGAUCACCUUCUCUCCAUCCCAUAGGCCUGUGGAGGGGCCCUGACUGAGUGGACUAACGUGAUUGGCUGGUCGUCACUCACACAGAUGUUCCGGCAUACCACCCUCAGUGACCACAUCCAGGUAUUAGAAGAAACAUGCAAGUACCUGGUGGGCACAGGCAAAAAACAGCUCAUAGGGGAGUUACUGACCCAGAACUUCAUCUUCCUGAAGAGCUCUCAGCCCUUCCUAAGGGCAAGUGCAGUCACAGUCAUAGGAUUAAUAACUAAGAGGCUAAACAUGAGUAACCUGCAUAAGGAUGAUGUGGCAACGUUACGGAACGCUCUUCUAAGUGUGAGGAAUGAUCCUUCGGAACCUAUCCAGUCUUUGGCCAAUAUUGUCCUGAAAAGAAUGAGCGUAAAUACUAAGUCCAAGCCUGGCCUGACUUCAACACUGAGCAGACUGAGCACCAACCUCUUAAAAGUCUCCUGCAUCAAAGACCGGACAAAAAAGAAGCGACUUUUCAAGGUUAGCAAACAGGAAGAAGAUAAUGACAGCAAUCAGAAAAAGAAAGGCUGGAGUUGGGUCGAAGACAAUCUGAGUUUAUUGUCCACCUGGCACCAGAGGAGGGUAAAAAAUACCCCACCGGAAGGUAGUUUAUAUGAAACACCAAAGAUUGAAAGAACACAGGAAGAAGUUCUGUCGUUCCAAAAACCAGCUUUUCUUGAUUCAGAAAUAUUCAGAAGUGGGUCUAGAGCUUUUCCAGCUGUUUGACGAGAUGUCAGUGCUUUACUCCACAAUGGUCUCUCCCACUUUUUGUCCAACUGGAUAGGCUACUUUGGAUUAAGCCCAAAGAGGCAGUUUUCAUCUUUGAAGAUACCAUAUGUUUCUUGUCCUUUAUCUCCCUAGGAGACUGUUGGCUACCAGCAUAUACAUUUGUCAGUAAAACAUAUUUUCUCAUCUUAAAACAAGCUGGUUUCCAUCCUAGUUCUUGGGGAUUGGGGGUUAACUUGAGUGACAGGAACAGCUUGGAAGCAUCUCCUUCAACUUGCAGGAAAAGUUUCACAUGACAAAAGGGAGGAGUAGGUGGCAGAAGAGCAUAGUGCCUAGUUAUCACUCUGUUUUUCCACCUCCACACAUGUUGGAUGAAAUUCACAUGCUUGAUAUACUACUGUUGGUAUAUUCAGACUAUAGGUUAGAGCAUAAAAAAGAUGUGCUGUGGAUUAUACAUGGCAGAGCUCACAUAACUUCAGUCCUAUCUAACUCACCCAAGAAAACACAUCAGAUUGCCAUAGAGUGAGUGACAUUCUUAUGAUAACUUUGAGUCCAUUCUAAUUCAUUUAAAAAAAUCCUUCUGAAACUUUCGUUUAAAUUCUCGCUCCCUCUACCACAUAAUCAGCUAUUACUAAGUUCUGACUGAUUAGGUAUAAGGGAAAGUGGCAUUGGUGACUUCCAAGAAGUGUCUUAAAAAGCCGGGGCAUAUCUAUUUUUGUCCUGCCCUUCUUCCUGGUGACUGUGGACAUGAUGGCUGGAAUGCAAACAGCUAUCUUGAGCCAUCUGGAGAAGUGAUACAUUGAAUGUGACAGGGCAAAAAGAUUGAAGGAAGCUAGAUCACUGAUGAUGGUAAAACUGUGUACCAGCUUUGGACAGCUUGUCUUCAGAUUUUGUUUAUAUGGGGGAAAUAAACUUCUGUCUACUUUAACCCAUGUUAUUUGGGCUUUCUGUCACAGACAAACAUAAUCCUGAUGGUUUUACCUAAUCUUUCAACAUUGCUGUAAGGAUUAAAACAAUAUAAAGUGCUUAGCAGCUUGCCUGGCAUGAAGAGGGCAAUAAUUUUUUUUUCAGAAGUAAUAAACAUUCAGGCUAUUUGAACUCGGUUCUGACAUCUUUGAAAGAUGGGAAAAGAUCAAGGAACCAGUUCUUGCUUUGGUCAGAUUUUGCUUCUUUGAAUUUAGCAAUAGUCAGAAUGUUUGAUUGCUUCUAUUUUAUGCCUUUUUGGAUAAAACCUUUCUGAGCCUUGGUUUUCAUAUUUAAAAAUGAGACUACUGAAACCUAUUUUACAGGUUUUACUAAAUUAAAUGAGGUAUUGCUCUGUAGUUGGUAUAUAAUAAGUGCUUAAUAAAUAGCUUAUUAUAUACCAACUAUAGAGCACUAUCUCAUUUCUGUUUUCCCAAUUGCCAAGGGCCUAAAUCUUAA